AAUCAGAUGUGUAUAGUCAGGAAUGGACUGAUCUGAAUAGGAUUCAAAAUGGUUGGGGAAGGCACCAUAUUGAAUCACAAAAGCAACAACAUUAAGUAACAACAUCAGGAUUCAACUUUUAGUCAAUCCUUCUUCUUCUUCUGUUCGUUCAACAACAACAUCUGCCCACUUAACCGAUUUGAUUUUCCUACUCUGUGCUUCAUCCACAACAACAACAACAACCGAUGAGCUAGGAGUUUCUUUCUAUAUAACCUUCCUGCAUCAGCCACUUCGCAUUCCUUAGACUUGGGAUCCACAGACGUUAUUACCCCUCCACCCUCAGAAACCAUCUUAUCAAACGGAAAAACUGAUUCAUUCAAUCUAUAUGUAUAUUAUAUUAUAUACCCGACCGACCGACCGAGGAUCUUCAUGGUAUUUCCCAUCAUUUUGCAAGUUGUGUGGGGCGUCAUCACGACUGUUGCAGACGGUUGGGCGGUGUGGAGGAAAGCUCCUUUCCACAAUCGCCGCAACGUGACUUUGGGCCUCAUUAUUGAUUGGGGGACAUUACUGUUAUCGCUCGCAGCGGCUGCCAUAUCGUCCGACAUGCUGGACCUUUACAUCCAUGACCGCGGUAAUAAGAAGGAGGAUGUAAGGAUGUUCCAGACCUACAUUGUCUUGACGUUUUUGGCAUGGAUUCCGACCGCCAUCUCCUCUCUCAUUCUGCUGUGGAUAUUACCAGCGUUGACCAUUAGCCAUCCAGUCGUGCACCCUGUGGUGGGACCUAUACUGGCUGAUGAUGUGGGACCUGCGCCGAGGAUGACCGACAUACAGGGUAUGCCUGGAACAAAAGGCGGCCUUGUUCUUCGCCUGAUUCAGCUUGUCUUGGCGGGUAUCUCCCUAUGUGUCAUCGUCACGACACGGAAUUUUCCCAUGGACAUCACUUCAUUCAGAUACUUUAUGGUAUCUGUCGUCAUCGAGUGCACAUGGACCCUUUGCAUGGCCAUGGUGGAUAUUUAUGCCUUGUCGGUCGGGCAUAGACUGCUGAAUCACGUUAUGAUGACAUUGUUCACGAUCGGUGAUGGGGUGACAUCGAUUCUUCUCUUUGCAGCGUCAUCCGGGUGCGCUGGAGUGAUAUACUUUAUCCAGCACGAGCUUGAUCGGUCUUCGGAGAAUCGAUGUACACCAUUCGCGUAUGCCGUUGGUCUUGCUUUGACCAGUUGGUUCUUCUUGUUUUUAUCAUUUUUUGAUUCGACUACGAGAAAAGAUCAUGGACGCCGCAUGCAUGCGAAGCUCAAGCGAAUGGAACAGGUUCGGAGAUGCCAAAGUCGUCUAUCUCCGUCGACCAUUCUCUCCCCGUCUCCCAAAUGAAACCUUCCUUUCCUUUCUAUUUCUCUGUUAUGAGCAAUCUUCCAGAAUAGCAGAAUCUCUCUACUACUUUUG